AUGAAGUCACUUUCGCUUAUCCUUGGCGCAGUGGCCGUUACCCAGGUCCACGGCCAUGGAGGUAUAUACAACUACACCAUUGCUCAUGAACAUUACGUAGGGCACUACCCCUGGCUCCCAGAAGACGGCCAGGAGUCGAUCCAGCGCCGCUGGUGGCCCGACCCGAUCUAUCGGACAGACCACCCCUAUCUUGCUUGCAAUCGGGGCAAUCCUCUUGCUACUUCUUUCCCAAAACUACAUGCCCGCGUACAAGCUGCGCAACAGGUAGUAGGAUUUUAUAACCCACCACCCUGCCCUACUUCGCCGCCCGUUCCGUUCCCGACAGAGCCAUCAGUGCCGGACUAUGGGGAGGAGCCUAACCCCAUGAAAUGUUCCGGCCCGGAGUAUCAGUGGGUACAUAGCCAGGGGCCCAUGCUGGUUUACAUGGCAGACUGUCAAGGUCCGUGCGAUCAAUGGGACGGCACUGGGAAACGCUGGUUCAAGAUCUGGGAGGCAGGGUAUGAACCUAAAGGUUGGCCGUACAGCUAUCAUUACGGCACAGAUAUGCCUAUCUCGGCCAAGGAUCGAUGGUGGCAGGACUACGCGAUCGAAGGCGGUUACGCAAGCUUCAACGCCACCAUUCCUGCGACCUUGAAGCCUGGGUACUACUUAAUCCGACACGAGGUUAUAAACCUUGAGGCGAGUAUGCAGUUUUACCCCGAGUGUGCUCAGCUCGAGGUCACUGGAGAUGGCAAAGACUUCCCUUCUGACGACUACCUUGUCUCAUUCCCUGGAGCGUAUAGUCCUGAUGACCCUGGUCUAAAAGUCGCGGGCGAGCUGUACAACCCUAAGAUUGGACACAGCAUCUAUAAUUAUACCAUACCUGGCCCGAAGGUUUGGAAGCCCUGGGAACUCAUGUAAGAUGAGUACCCAAGUAGGUAUCCAGAUAUAGGGGAAUAAGGGUCGAUAUUUUGAGCUUUUCGGGCUUUGCGGUUGUAUGGACAACAUCAUUCAGGCAUAUACGUGGACUGUUUCAUGUGCGUCUACCCCUUUUGUGGUAGUAUAGUAUUGGGUACCCGGGUACCUAG